AAUAGUUUUGAUAAAAUAGUGAUCGAGUGAAGUUACUGCAAUAUUAUUGAGUAAAAAAUGGCCACAUUUGCGAUCGGUGAAAUACCCAACUACUUCAAUACAGAGUUCUUCAAGAGAACUUUGGAGAAUGGUCUACGUACAGGUGAUCUCAAAAUUCUAGGAAUAUCCAUAGAGAAUCUAACGAUGGGUGGCGAAAAUUAUUGCAGUAAUAUAUAUCGCGCAAUCAUCAAAUACAAAAGUGUCGAGGAUCAGCAACACGAGCAGACAGUUAUAAUAAAAAAUAUGCCAAAACAAAAGCAAGGUGUUCUUAGUCGUUUGAAUAUCUAUCGAAAAGAAACAAUCUUUUACUUGGAUAUUAAGCCCAAAGUGGAAGCGCUUAUGUGGUACUUAGGUGAGCCAUGGAAUCUGGCCGCGCGACACUUUCAUUCAACCACCGAACCAGAACAGAACAUUGUGUUUGAGGAUUUGAGUGUACGGGGAUUUACGUUGGAGAGCCGCCAAGCUGGGCUUGACUUAGCACAUGCGCGAAUUGUUAUGAAGAAAUUGGGAGAAUAUCAUGCACUUACCAUGGUGAUGGCGGAGAGGGAACCUGAUAUAAUCAUCGAUCAUUACACCUUCGGCCUACUGAAUACUGACUCAAUCAAAACGGUUGCUUUCAAAGCACUAUUUGGUGCGCAACUAUUGAAACUCGCCACACUUAUUAGUGAGUAUCCCGAUUUGGAAGCGAUUUCCAAGAAAUUGCUGAAAUACUAUGAUCACUUCACGGAACGUGUGCUCGAAUCUAUCUAUCCACUAAGAGGAGAAGUGAAUGUUCUCAAUCAUGGCGAUUUGUGGGUUAAUAAUUUAUUCUUCAAAUACGAUAGCAAAUCGUUAAAGUUCAGAGCUCCAAGUGAAGUACGAUUUAUCGAUUUUCAACUGUGUUAUUAUGGCAGCAUUGGUUUCGAUAUUAAUUAUUUCUUGAAUACCAGCGUUCAGUUGGAUGUGUUGAAGAACGAUCGUGAAUCGCUAAUUGAAACUUACUAUGAUAGCCUGAUGAGGUCUCUCAAAGGCUUACCAUACGUGGCUCCACUACCCAAAUUUACCGAUGUUCUGCGUGAGAUAGCGCAGCGUGAGGCUUUUGGCUUUUUCGUUGCGUUCGGCUUUUUCCCCCUAAUGUCAAUGUUUAGUAUGGAUUCACACGACAAUUCAUUGGAAAAGUUCUAUGAUGAGGAAUUUGCGCGCCGCAAAAUUGAAUUAAUGUUCCAGAGCAAUCCACGUACUAUGGAAACGUUGAAAUAUGCGUUAAAACGUUUCGAUGAUUUGAAAGUAUUGGAUUGAAAGGGUUUUUAGUUUUAUUCCAUCUUAAAUCGCUAAUUGAAUACAAUUAAAUACAGAUAAGUAGGUCUGUCCAUACUUA